UGUUAGGUGAGAAAUGUCUGCACUGAAGAGCUGAAACCUGCUUCUGUCUUACUUUUAUUUCAUAUCCAACAAUUUUUCAUUUGUUUUUCGUUCCAGUUUUGGCACAAAGUUGUUGUUUUUUUUGUAUAGUCUCGUCUUCUAACCUUUUCUUUUCUUUUUUUUUUUUUUUUUAAUGCAGGCCUUCUCUGCUUCUAAACUCCUUUUAAUCCUCAUCCUGGCCUGACCUCAGUCCUCAAACCAAGUGUCUCAAUGAUCCUCCACAUACGGAGCCUUUCAAGGAUGAUCCAAUGAUUGUUUUGUUAGAAUUAUCCAGACAGGAGACGCGCUGAUCGGUGUGAUGAAGGAUCGACUUGCUGAGCUUUCUGCUUUUUCACCUGUACAGAGCAGGACGCAAGGAGAGGAGGAUGUUGUGGUUACAGUGGACAGAGAUGGCUUCAUGGAGGGGUUUUUCAGAAGGGUUGAGGAAGUUCGAGGGCUUAUUGAUAAGAUCUCCUACCAAGUGGAGGAGGUGAGGAAGAUACACAGCAUGAUCCUUUCUGCACCAAACCCAGAUGACAGAACAAAGGAUCAAUUGGAUGCACUGACCAAUGACAUCAAAGGGAACGCCAAUGUUGUACGAACAAAACUAAAAUCUAUGGAGCAAAGUAUGCCUAAAGAUGACAUAGCUAACAGGUCAUCUGUGGACUUCAGGAUCCAGAAAACACAGCACACUGUGCUGUCCAGGAAGUUUGUGGAGGUCAUGACCCAGUACAAUGAGACGCAAGUGUCGUUUCGGGAAAGAAGCAAAGGAAGGAUCCAGAGACAGCUGGAGAUAACUGGAAGAAUGACCACCAAUGAGGAGCUGGAAGAUAUGUUAGAGAGUGGCAAUCCAUCGAUCUUCACAUCUGAUAUCAUAUCAGAUUCACAGAUCACACGUCAGGCCUUAAAUGAGAUUGAAUCCCGACAUCAGGACAUCAUGCGUCUGGAGACAAGCAUUCGAGAGCUUCAUGCAAUGUUCAUGGACAUGGCAAUGCUGGUGGAGACUCAGGGUGAUAUGGUCAACAACAUUGAGAAGAAUGUCUCCAAUGCGGCUGAAUACAUUUGUCGUGCAAAAGAAGAGACCAAAAAAGCAGUGAGAUACCAGAAAAAGUCCAGGAGGAAAUAUAUCAUCCUUGCCUUUGCUCUGUUGAUCCUAAUUGCUGUCAUUGCACUAAUUGUUGGCCUGUCUGUUGGACUUACUAAACCUCCUGAAUGAGACCCACUGCAAUGACUGUCAAGAGGUGUCUCAGCCUUGCCAUGCAUGGGAUUGCCAGUUUCCUCAUUUUACUCGUUAGAUUAGUUGGAGUCUUUGAGUGAUGGAUUUCAUGUUUCUAAACAUCACAGCACUCAGCUGAUCCUACAGCGAUAAAACUGGAAACUGCUUCAUUCACUAUCCCACAGCAUUACACAAUGACACACAGUAAGUAUAAUGUGUGCAAUCCACUUUGCACCAGUUACAUCAAACCUCAUGAUUCACUGUUCUGGAGCAAUUCUGUAAGGGUAAUAAAGCAUCCUGCCUUCGUAUCCUUCUCUGUCAGCGGUAAUAUAAUGAAUACUGACAACUCCACAUUGACAUGUACUCUGGUGUUCAUUGUGCAUUUCUGCCAUGUUUUCAUGUUGAAUAUCAUUUUCAGAUCAGUCUAUUGGUUGUAAAAUUCAACAGGAACUGUAAUCACUGUAAUUGUCAUCAUCAUUUGUGUUUAUUAACUAAAGGGUAUGUUCUUUUAUUUUUGUAUAUUUACAGAAAUUCAUGUGAACUGAAUGUAAAACUGAAGAAUCUCAGGUUUUACUUAGAACUAGUGAAAUUCUAUACUUAAGUCAAUACUACUAAAUUACCAGCUCACGCACUAUUAAAAUAUUUUGUUAUAUGCUUUGUAUCACUUCCCUAAGAAAAGUGCCUUUUUAGCCUUAAAUAUGAAACCUUAAUUUUAGUUGUAUUUAUCAAAAUUAUUAUGUGUGAUGACUGAAAUAUAACAUUUGAAAAAAGUCUGUAACACAAGGACUUUUGGAUGCCCUGAUGUUAUUUCAGGAACACACAUUUUCAUUUUGAUAUAUUUGAUUCUUUUUUUAAAUGUUGUCUUAAGUUAUAUCUUGUGUUUUAUAUUGAAUAAUAAAUAUAAAAAUAAAACAAGUCAUUGUA